GUAGGUACCCAUAUACUCGCGCGCUCACUUUGCCGCACAGUCUGGAAAUCGCCUUGUCGUACAGACCUUUUUUUGUUGUUAUUGUUUUUUUUUCGUCUUUUUCAUAUCACCACAUAAUUAUAUGUGCGUUUUUUGUCGCGAGUGAUUGUGACAAUAGGGUUUUUGUGCGAGGGACAGGAUUUUCCAUUUCGGUGCGCGUCGGAUGGGUCGGAGUCGAUGAGAGGAUAGCAGGCCGGACGUGCCUUACGGGUCCUGAGCUCAACACCAGCUGAGAGAGAGAGAGGUGCGGUGUGCGGUGUGUGUUAAAUAUACGUGUAUACGUACACAUAGUAUCGUGAGCGCGGGGCAAAAGAGAGGAAAAACCGUCGAGCCAUCACCGGCGUGGGGUCAAGGUUGUCCCGUGAAAAAAAAAAAAAAGAAAGAGUCGAGGGUAAAGGUCGUCGCGCUCGGGCGCAUCCCGACAACAUGAACAGGAGCCAGCACCAGCAGGUACUCCGGCACCAGCCGAACCUCGUGGUACUGCUGCCAAACAGCAGCCACCUGCACAGCUACAACCGCCCACCGUCCGCGAGCAGCCCCUCGGCCAGCCCGUCCCACAUACCCGUCCCAAAGUCAUCCUCACCGGGAGCACAAUCGCGCCCCGGGACCUUCACGCAGGAGCGCUCAAGAUCUCUGACCAACAACAACACCACCACCACCACCAACAACAACAACAACAACAUUUGCAACUCGUCCCACCUGUACCAACAGCAGCAUCCGGCGAGCGAAAACGCUGGCGGGAGAAAAUCAAUGUCCGUGGCAGCGCAGAGGGCGGCUUUCGAGAGACUAGACGCCCAAGCGAGCCAACAGUCGCAGCCGAGCCACACUCCCGUCAAGGUGAUCGGGAGCUAUCAGAGGAGCCCCAGUGGUACCAGUACCCCCAACGGGAUCGGCUAUUGCAGCCAACGCUCGGAUUCCGGGUCCACGUCCUCGGUGAACUGUACCGGCUGGGCUCCAAAGUCCAACGACAGCUUACAGGAGGCGGCCAGAUGGAGGUCUAAGUUCGACGAGGCCGAGAAACGAAGGAAGAUGCUCCUCCAGAAGAGCGAAGCCGUCAACAGAGAUUGUGCCGAUCUGGAGAGAAAGUACCAACAGCUGCUCAGGCAAAAUGGCACGCUGCAGACGCAAGUGCAGGAAAAAACCGGGGAACUCGAGAAAAUACGAACAGUUUCCGAGGCGGUGUGCAAGGAGUACGAGCAACUCAAGAGGCAAUACGACGUCGAGACUGGAGCUAUGCACAAGGCCAUGCAGCAGGCCUCCCAAUGGUACAGACAAAACCGAGAGCUGAAGAGGCGCUCCCAGGUGAUAACCCAGAGGUACCUCCAGACGAACCCGGAAGUCCUCGAGGACUUUCUCGAAGUGUCGGACGAGGUCGACAACCAGAACGAAGACAUCGAGCAGCUUCGCGAAAGCGUGACCGAGCUCAGCAAGGAAGUCGCGAAACUCCAGACGGAACUCAGCGCGGCGAGGCUGCAGGAGUUCGAGGCUCAGGAGCAGGUGACGCUGUUGACAUCUCGAUUGGAGGAGGAGAAGCAAGCCAGGCAAAAUGAACAGGAAAAAAUGCGAGAGCUGUCGGUGCAAAAGGAGAACUUGGAGCGCGUGACCAAGAUGGUCGCGGACGAGGUGCAGGUGCUCAAAACCCAGUGCGACCGGGAGCGGGAGGGCGCGAGGCUGCUCAAGCUGGAAGCCGACAGAGCCCAAAAGGAGCGUAGCGUGCUGGCGCACCAGUCGGCGCUGCUGAUGGCCGAUGUGGGCGACGACCCGAGCAAUCGGCUGCUGGUGGUCCUCCAGGAAGUGGAGAGCCUGAAGCGAGCCCUCGAGGAGGAGAAGCAGUCCCGGGCGUCCGAGGUCCAAGCGCUGCAGGACAAGCUUGAGGAGAAGGAGUCAAACGUCGAGUUCGAGAUCGUCGAGGAGAAGCUCAAGUUGUCCGAGUCCGAGCUCGAGAUGGUGGUCCAGAGGGCGGAGAGAGCCGAGAGCACUGUCGAGGAUCUUCGCCAGCGCGUGGCCGAGCUCGAGGAGAAGCUCGUAAAAAGGACUGCCGCUCCACCACCGCCUCCGCUUCCACCCCCGCCGCCACCGCCGCCACCGAUGAUGGCGAAUGGCUCGACGUCGUCCAUCAAGUUGAUCACCAGGGAGAGGAUGGCCGUGCCCGGGGACGGUGAUGGCUCGGCGCUCGAGAGCAUGGAGAACAUGCUCGGCAUCAAAAAGUCGGCGCCGAUGGCGCAGCAGCAACCUGCCAUCGACGACAUAAUCAAUCAAAUCAAGGGAGGAAGGUUCACGUUGAAACACACAGAUAAACAGAAGGACGAGGAGAGAAGACGCAAGCAGGAAGAGGAGUCCAAGCCACCAGCCGUGUCGGAAAUGCUAAAUAUCCUGGGUACGAUGAGGCGAAGAGCGAAACCAACGCGGACUUCCUUCAAGUUUUCAAACGGACCAUUGUGAUAGACCAUGUUACAUAAUACUUAUAAAUAUAUACAUUUUAAUUGUAUACGAUACAUGUAUAUGAAAUAAUUAAGUUAACGUUAAGGAACUGCCAGCUUUUACAUGAUGUUAU